AUGAUUAUUCAACCCAACAACUUUCAUAGUCUCAGAACUAAAUAUUAGCCUGAAUUACCACAAUUAUUGUAAUUAGAAGAGUUGGACACUAAAACAGAGACAAUAUAGGUGAAUGCUCAAAUUCGAGAAGUAUAUUUCGAUUAUCAUUCUUUUUAAAGAUGUUUCCAUUUUUAUGUAAAGAAGAAGUAAAGGCAGUCACAUUUUAAGCUGCAAAUGCUAAUGAAAAUACAAUUAGAGCACCUUUAAGAAUUGGUAAGAUUUUAGUUUCGAAUUUUAAGGUUGUGUACUUUCUGGAGGGUAAGCAGCAGGUGGUCAUAAUGUUAUAGUGGGGAUUUAUGAAUAAAUAAAGAGAAGACAUCCAAAUAGUUAAUUGUUUGGAUUUUUGAAGGGACCAAUUGGUAUUUACUCAGGUAAGUAUGAGGAAUUGAAAGAUGAUACUAUCAAUUAUUUCAAGAAUAGAGGAGGUUUCGAUAUGAUUCAAAGUGGAAGACAUAAAAUAGAAACAGAAGAACAAUUCAAGAAAUCUUUAUAAUAUUGUUAAUCUUUAAAAUUAGAUGGUUUAGUAGUUAUUGGAGGAGAUGAUUCAAAUACUAAUGCUUGUUUAUUAGCAGAGUAUUUUUUAAAGAAUAAUUGUUAAACAAGUGUAGUUGGUUGUCCAAAGACAAUUGAUGGAGAUCUAAAGAAUGAAUUUGUUGAGGUAAGUUUUGGAUUUGAUACAGCAUGUAAAACAUAUAGUGAACUUAUUGGUAAUAUUAUGUUGGAUACAGUAUCUUCUAAAAAAUAUUAUCAUUUUAUUCGUUUAAUGGGUAGAUCUGCAUCUCAUAUUGCUUUGGAAUGUGCAUUAUUGACAAGACCAACUUGGGCUUAUAUUGGUGAAGAAGUGGAGAAGAAUAAGACUUCAUUGAUUUAAAUAGUAACUUAAUUAAGUGAUUUGAUUGAGAAAAGAUACAAAUAAAAUAAGAAUCAUGGAGUAAUUUUAGUACCAGAAGGAUUGAUUGAAUUUAUUGAUGAAGUAAAAAUAUUAAUUAAAGAAAUUAAUACAAUUUUGGCAGCAAAUAAAUGGGAAUCAGAUUAAGUAUUUAAUAAUAUCUUAACUAAAUUGACACCUGAAUCAUCAAAAUUAUUAUAAUUUUUACCUAGAAGUAUUAGUGAUUAAUUAUUACUUGAUCGUGAUCCACAUGGUAAUGUUCAAGUGGCUAAAAUUGAAACUGAAAAAUUAUUGAUUGAAAUGGUUAAAGCUGAAUUAUAACGUAGAAAAUAUGCAGGUAAAUUCUCUGCUAUUAGUCAUUAUUAUGGAUAUGAAGGUAGAUGUGCUUUUCCUACUAAAUUUGAUUGUGAUUAUUGUUAUAGUUUGGGUGUUAAUGCAGCUAUCUUAAUUGAAAAUAAAUUCACUGGAGUUAUGAGUUGUAUUCGUGAUUUACAUAAAAAUCCAUCUGAAUGGAAUGCUGCUGGUUUCCCAUUAGUAACUAUGAUGGAUGUUGAAACUAGAAAAGGAAAAUCUGUUCCUGUCAUUAAAAAAGCAUUAGUUGAUCUUGAUGGACCUUUAUUUAAAUUCUAUUAAUAAAAUAGAGAUAAAUGGGCAUUUCAUGAUUAUUAUCAUCCUGUUGGACCAAUCUAAUUUGAAGGAGAUUAAGUUCCUCCUUUCCUUAUUAAUGGAAAAGGAUUUGAAUUUGAAGAAGUAGAUAAUAAAAUAUAUGAAUAAAAACCAUAUGAAGAAAUGCAUCUUAGAAAUUUAUCAAAAUUAGGAUUAGAAAGAACCAAUACUCCUUUGGCUCUACCUAAACAUUUAAAUCUUAAAUUAAGUCUUAAGGUUAUACAUCAUAACUAUAAUGAUAAUGUAAUGAAAGCAAUUGAAAAGAAUUUUCCUUCUCUUAUGGCCAAAAGUAUAAAUGCAUUUCAAUUUGUUCAUGAUGAUGCUCAUGAAACUCAUAAUAAACCAUUAAGAAUUGCCAUAACAUUGAAUGGUCGAUAAUCUCCAGGAGCUAAUUGUAUUAUUAGAGGAUUAUUGGCAUUAUGUGAAUAAAGUGGAUCUACAUUAUAUGGAUUCAUUGGAGGUACUUAAGGUCUUUUCAAAUAAGAAUAUAUUGAAAUCAAUUAAAAUAGUUUGUAAUACUACAUUAACUAAGGUGGAUAUCAUUAUUUAGGUCGUACUGCUGAUAAAAUGAGAUCAGUAUAAGAAUUAUAAUAAGUUAAAGAAACUUGUAAUAGUCUAUCUUUAGAUGGAUUAGUUGUUGUAGGUGCUUCACACACUCUUACAGAUUGUAUAAUUGUUGCCAAUUAUUUACUUUAAGAGAAUGUUAAGACUAGAGUUAUUGGAGUUCCAUGCACAGUUGAUAAUAAUAUUGGUCAUCCAUUUUUAGAAGGUAUUGUUGGUUUUGAUACUGCAUCCAAGACCUAUUCUUAAAUGAUUGGUAAUAUUAUGAUAGAUGCAGCCAGUGCUGUUAAAUAUUGGUAUUUUAUAAGAUUAAUGGGAAGAGAUCCUUCACAUCUUGUUUUGGAAUGUGCACUUUAAACUCAUCCAAAUGUUGUACUUAUUAGUGAAGAUAUAAAAGAAAGAGGACUUACAUUAUAAGAAGUAGUAUCAGAAAUUGCAGAUGUGGUUGUACUUAGAUCAUAAAAAAAUAAAGAGUUUGGUACUGUACUUGUACCUGAAGGUUUAUUAGCCCAUAUUGGAUAAUUUAAAUAAUUAAUUACAGAAUUGGAUAAGCAUUUUACAACCAAUAAAUAAGAGAUAAUGAAUAAUUUAACUCCUUGGUCAGCAGCUCUAUUUUAAUCACUUCCUGAUUUCACUCAAUAAUAAUUACUAAUGGAAAGAGAAGUUCAUGGAGGUAUUUAAUUAUCAUAAAUUGAAACUGAAAGAUUAUUAGCACAUUUAGUUGCUGAGGAACUUAAAGUUAGAAAAGCUGAAUCAAAAUACAAGGGUUCAUUUUCACCUAUUUGUCAUUUCUUUGGAUAUCAAGGUAGAUGUGCAUUUCCAACAAGAUUUGAUGCAAAAUUAGGAGAAGUCUAUGGUUAUUUAGCAGGUUUGAGUAUCUAAAGAGGAUUAACUGGUUAUUGUGUUUCAGCUAGAGGAAUUGCAGGCCCAAUUGAAAGAUGGCAUUUUAAUGUUAUUCCUUUAUUAGGAAUGAUAUCUAUAAAAUAAAAGAGUGCUUAUGGAGAAGCAUAACCUGUUAUUGCUAGUUAUGAAGUAGAUUUAAAAUAGGUAAUUAGAAUAAUUUAAUUUAAUUUAGUCGCUCUUUAAAUACUUUAGUCAGAUUUCUAAAAAUUGGUAUUUGAAAGAUCAUUAUGAGAAUCCAGGUCCAAUCUAAUUUUAUGGACCUAUGGCUCGUAGACCUACUUUAACUGUAGAACUGAGUUAUAAAUGUUAUGUGGAUUAAAUUGAAGAGAUAGAGCGUUUAGUGGAAGUGAUAUCUGAAUAAUGUAGAUUUGAAACCAGAGCUGAUUUGCUUGAUUUAGCUAUUGCUUAAUUAAAAGCUUUGGCUAGAACAAUCGAAGUAGUCAAAGAGGCAAAACAGUGA